UGGCUGACGUGGAAGCGAACGGGAACCCGCCCUAUAUCAGGCGCGGGCGGGCGGAAUGCAGCUGAGAAAAAAACCGAGCGCCUGAAAGGGCGGAGGUAGGACGGGGCGGGCAGCGAGCCGGUUGCGCUGCAGCGGGUAGUCCCCCGACGUUCCUUUCCCCCUUCUUGGCACGCCCCCAACGGCGAAAGCGACCGCGAGAGAGCCCUGAGGGCGAUGGCUGCAGAAAUGGACCCCACCAGCGAAGAAGGUCUGCUGAAAAAUGAAGUAAUUCCUGAAGUUGGAGAAGAUGCUGCUGCUUCGGUCACUGUUACAGAAGUUCUUUCUGAAGAAGAACAGGAUGAACUUAGAAGAGAGCUUGCUAAGGUAGAAGAAGAAAUCCAAGCUUUGUCACAGGUACUGGCUGCUAAAGAGAAGCAUCUAGCCGAAAUAAAGAGAAAACUGGGGAUCAGUUCACUGCAGGAGCUGAGGCAGAACCUUUCCAAAGGGUGGCAAGAUGUCACAUCAACCAAUGCGUAUAAGAAGACAUCAGAAACACUGUCUCAAGCUGGGCAGAAAGCGUCUGCUGCAUUCUCAACAGUUGGCUCUGCAAUAACGAAGAAGCUGGAAGAUGUGAAAAAUUCCCCAACGUUCAAGUCAUUUGAAGAAAAAGUGGAAAACUUAAAGUAUAAGGUUGGGGGAACCAAGCCUGCUGGGGGUGACUUUGGAGAGGUCUUGAACUCUGCUGCCAAUGCCAGUGCCACAGAACCUACUACAAAGCAGCUGGAAGAGGAGACUCAGUGAUCGUCCUGCCUCCCUUGUGCUACCCACUGCCAGAUGCUGCAAGCAAAUGCUGAAGCACAACACCUCUGCUGUAGACUGUUACAGGAUGCCCUUCUAUUAGCACUUAGCUUUAUAGAUGUUUAAUAUAAUAGUUUCUUGAAGGUUAAGAGUAUUUUUGAAACCAUAAAAGAUACUCUUGCCUACGUUAUCUGUGGGAUGGGGAAUUUUUAUGCAUUUUGAGUAUUUAGAAAGAUUUAUUUCUAGUCUAAAGUAAUAAUCAUUAAGGUUUUACAAAGGUUUUAGAAAAGAGAGAUACAACGCUAUACAUGAUGGAUGCUGUGAUGAAUAGCAAUUGCCUCAUGCCAUAUCUCUUCCUACUUAAUUCAUUGCCAAAACCUUAAAAGUUUUCAUUGCUAUUUUAAGUGAACACCCUUAAUUUGGCUUGUUGCAAGAGGUUCCGCUGGAAAAAAAUCUGCGUUGAUCUUGUAAUGUUAAGUUGACCCGGUAUGUGUUGUAGACCUGGUAAGCGGACAUUGAAAAUAGGGUAGUUCCAACAAACUAACCAUUUUUAUGGUUCCCCUAAGAUGGUUAUCCUGACAGUGGCUUCCUUUAACUGUUACAGCUAAGCAGAGAUGCAGUUUUGUCUUGGGUAUUACAAGUUGACUUGCAGAAGUAAAACGGGCUCAUCAGAUAAUGAAGCAGGUUGUUAACAUAGAUUAUAUAGGCUGAAAUUCUACCACAAAUUGAGUGGUUUAGAAGCACCAUACUCAAAUGGUUACCCCUCCCAAAUUGACUAAAAAGAAUAAACAUAGGCCAUGCCAUUUUUGCCACUUAUAACACAUUUCAACCCUCCUCUCUCUCUUCUCACCCCCCCUUAAAAGGAAUGAAGCGCAUGGUACCAGUAUGCAGAGCUAUCCAUACAUUUCCAUUUGGACAGAUGCACACUGGAGUGUAGGCAAUAUAGACCCAGCCUCUGAAUCUGCUCCAGUGGAAGAUUGUCCUUCUGGGGAAUAGGAUUCAAUAAGCUGGCAAUACCAUCUCCUGAAAAUAAAUAAGCUUGGAUAUUGGGUCAUCUUUCUGUUCCUAAAAAGUGUUAUUUUAACUAAAACCUGUUGCUGCCCCUGUAAAAAGACUCAACUUCCUAGAAUCUGAAUGCACUCCCACCUUGUAUCUAUACUGCGUGCCUGCAUUAGAUGAUUUUCUGGCACACUGGAAGGUUAUAUUUAGCAGAAGUGUUUUGCCACAUUUAAUCACAAUGCUUGAAAUGAACUAGAACACAUUCUUAAAAGGUGCAUUGUAACUUAGGCUUAAUCUUUAUAGCUACAGCAGAACUGCACAAAUAAUGUUUGUUAAGCAAUGAUGCCGUAUUUGACAGCUUUCUGUAGCAUUUCAGAUUUAGCCCAAAUACUUGAUCACAUGUAAAAAUAAAAGCAUUGUCUUCUCAAAUGCAAAAUGCUA